GGUGGGGAUCAUACGCUCUGGGUGGGGUUGUAAAUGUGGUUAUAAAUAAAUAUGAUGUCCGUCCAGCUGUCUCAAUUGUCAUAACGUUUUAUUAUUACAAGUAAACAGCUUCAGCCUCCAAAUUAUUAUAAAAAGGAGAGAAGCAGCCGCCCAUGAGACACAGCCACUUCUCCUGAGAUACCGGUGUCAUGGCCAUCACUUGGGGCGCUAUCAUCCUUCUUGUGGGCUCCUUGGCAGUCACACAGGCCGCUGAAGGUAUCAAAUCUCGAUCCAGCUGCCCCAAUGGCUGGUUUUACUACAAGGCAAACUGUUAUGGCUACUUCCGUGAUGGACUAAGCUGGUAUAAAGCAGAGGUUGACUGCCAAAAUUAUGGCCAUAGGGCUCAUUUGGCCUCCAUCAUGGAUUCUGCAGAAGCUGGUAUCGUUGCCUCCCAUAUUUCUCAGAAUUACCAGUCGGUGUGGAUAGGACUUUAUGACCCUAAGCAGAAUGGUCGCUGGGAGUGGAGUGACAGUUCCUUGUAUAGCUAUCGUGCGUGGCAACCCUACGAACCUAAUAACUCACAAGGGCAAGAAUACUGUGGAGAACUCGUCUACUAUGAAAAUUUUGUAAAGUGGAAUGACAACAACUGUAACAAGGCAAGACCGUACCUGUGUAAAUACAAGCUUUGGAGCCGAGAGUCUAAAACCAAAAACGCGGAGAGGAGCCAUGAAUAAUGAAGCCGCACCGGAGUCUCCCCAUAAGUCACAUUUACACUGAGAAA